CACAGUGAGUACGCAAUGAGUGCGUGUAAAACGUGGAUUACUUAUUGACUUGAAGGUGGUGCGGGGGGCUUUCGACAUAUUAGCAGAACUGAUUACUAUACAACCAUAUUCUGGCUUGAGCCACGACACAACGUCGAUCACUCAUCACAAAAGCACAUCAUGUAUGGUAGCUCAACAUGCAGUGUCAAGAUCAGUCAUCAUAUGAUAGACGCGCAGACUCGGAAAAGCUCGCUUUGCAUAAAAGGCCAGCGCUGCGCUUUGAAGUCAAGAUAUCACCUUCAUCGAAUCCCCCUCAUACAGGUACCCCAAAACACCCCAAAAGCUGUUGAAGUAUGUCUCAAUCCCUGAUAUUCAUCACCGGCGCGACCGGCUUUAUCGGCUCGCACGUUGUCAGUCAAGCCCUCGCAGCAGGUUACAAAGUCCGCCUCAGUGUGCGCAAAGAAGCACAGAUUGCUCCCCUUCGCAAGCAAUUCUCAAAGAAUGAGGCUCAGCUCGAAUUUGUCAACAUCGCAGACUUCACGAGCCCCAAUGCCUUCGCCGAAGCCCUUCAGGACGUGACGUACGUCUUCCAUCUUGCCUCUCCCAUGCCCGGCAAAGGCACCGACUUCGAGAAGGACUACGUCGAGCCGGCCGUCCAGGGCACAAUCUCACUCCUCGACGCCGCAAAGAAGUUCGACACGAUUAAGCGCGUCGUCAUCGUCUCCUCGGUCCUCGCUCUCAUCCCACUUGACGCCUUAGCCACAGGGCAGUUCGUCGCCAAAGAAGGACUCAACGAGUCCAUCGCCGUCGACCUCAAGAUGUCCUUCCCAGACGACCCAAUGGCAAGCGGCGGCAUCAAAUACCACGCUUCCAAGGUCCUCGCGCACCGCGCAACACUCGCCUGGGCGGCAUCCAAUACCUCCUCCUUCCAAAUCAUCACCCUGCACCCCUCCUUCGUCUUCGGCCGCAACCUGACUCAGACCUCUGCGGCCGCGCUCGACGGCACAAACGCAAUGCUCUGGAUCUCGCUGACGUCGGCGAAGCCGAUUAUUCCGAUGGCAGCUGUAGAUGUUCGAGAUGUGGCGGGUGCGCACAUCAAGGCGCUGAAUGUGCAGGUUGGUGCGAAGGGAGAGGUAGAGGAGUUUAUUCUUUCUGCGGGCGAGAAGGACGGUUGGACGUGGAGCCGCGUUGCAGAGUUUGCAAAGGAGAAGUACCCUAGUGUUGGUGUACAGUUGGAGGGUCCGUUUGGGGAGCCACCGAAGGUGGAUACGCAAAGGGCACAGGAAGUGUUGGGUGUGAAGUGGAGGACGAUGGAAGAUACGAUCGGAUCGUUCCUGGACCAGCAGGCUGAGUUGAGGAGUCAGCUCUAGAAUGCAUGUCUGUUGAUA